CGUUUGUAACUUCCAUUUGUUUCUCGCUCGGAGCGAGUUAUACGUGACACGUAUUCAGCCCAUGUGAAGUACAUUUAGGCAGUAACUUAAUGGAUUAAACUCCUGUAAAAUCUUACAUUAUGGAAAACAUUACCGAUGGGAAAUGGGACAGUUUGCCCGUGAAACUUCAUGACGAUAUAUUACAGACUCUUAAAGAGCUGAAGUUUACAAACAUGACUCCGGUCCAGUCUGCCUGCAUCCCUUUGUUUAUGAGCAAUAAAGAUGUUGCUGCUGAAGCGAUUACUGGGAGUGGAAAGACUCUUGCUUUUGUGAUUCCUAUUUUAGAAAUUCUAUUGAAGCGAGAAGAGAAGUUAAGAAAAAUGCAGGUCGGUGCUUUGAUUAUAACACCAACCCGUGAGCUGGCCCUGCAGAUCACUGAAGUAAUUGGAAGAUUUCUGGAAAAAUUUCCUCAAUUUAGACAGAUUCUUUUAAUUGGUGGCAGUAACCCCAUCGAAGAUGUUGAGAAGUUUAAGACUCAUGGAGGCAAUAUCGUAGUUGCGACCCCUGGCCGUCUGGAGGAUAUGUUCAGAAGAAAGGCAGAUGGUCUUGAUCUGGCCACUGCUGUGAAGUCUCUGGAUGUUUUAGUCCUGGAUGAGGCAGACAGAUUGUUAGACAUGGGCUUUGAAAUGAGUCUAAACGCUAUUUUAGGGUAUUUGCCCAAGCAGCGGCGCACAGGGCUUUUCUCUGCCACACAGACGCAGGAGCUGGAGAAGUUAGUGAGGGCCGGCCUGAGAAACCCUGUUCGUAUUACAGUGAAAGAGAAAGGUGUGGCAGCCUCAAGCGUGCAGAAAACCCCAGCGAGACUCAGCAAUUAUUACACUGUUUGUCGAGCAGAGGACAAGUUCAACACUCUGGUGGCGUUCCUCAGACAGCACAAACAUGAAAAGCAGCUGGUGUUUUUCAGCACCUGCGCAUGCGUGGAGUAUUUUGGUAAAGCCCUGGAAAUCCUUAUCAAGGGCGUCACUGUCCAUUGCAUCCACGGCAAGAUGAAGGACAAACGAAACAAGAUCUUUGCAGAUUUUCGCGAGCUGAAGAGCGGGAUUCUCGUGUGCACUGACGUCAUGGCAAGAGGCAUCGACAUCCCAGAAGUCAACUGGGUUCUGCAGUAUGACCCGCCAAGCAGUGCAAGUUCUUUUGUGCAUCGGUGUGGACGUACCGCUCGCAUCGGAAACUAUGGUAGUGCGCUGGUCUUCCUGCUGCCAAUGGAAGAGUCGUACGUUAGUUUCCUCUCCAUUAAUCAGAAGUGCCCUCUGCAGAAGUUUCCUCCGGUGAAAGAUGUGGUAGAUGUUUUACCCAAAGUGAAGGAGAUGGCUUUAGGGGAUCGAGCAAUGUUUGAAAAAGGGAUGAAAGCUUUUGUCUCGUGUGUCCAAGCGUAUGCCAAACAUGAGUGCAGUCUGAUAUUUCGCAUUAAAGAUCUGGAUUUUGCUGCUUUGGCUCGUGGCUUCGCUCUCCUCCGACUGCCCAAAAUGCCUGAGCUGAGAGGAAAGACCUUUCCUGACUUCACAGAGAUCAAGGAUACAGACGCCAUCCGAUUUAAAGAUAAAAACAGAGAGAAACAGAGGCAGGUGAUGUUAGCGCAGCAAAAAGACAAAGAAACGGAAAAAUCGUCGAGAAGACACUUUGUUAAAAACAAAGCCUGGUCCAAACAAAAGACCAGAAAGGACAGAAAGAAGAAGGUGGCUGCCAAAAGAAAACUGAAUGAGGGGUCAGAUGUUGAUGAUGAGGACAUCAAUGAGCUCCUAAAUGAUACACGUUUGCUGAAGAAGCUGAAGAAGGGCAAGAUCAGUAAAGAAGACUUUGACAAACACAUGGACGCAGCAGGAACCUCAAUACACGGACGAACGGCUACGUCUCAUGACAGUUCUGAUGGAGACGGAGAAUGAGCUCUGAUUGGCUGUUUUAAAAAAAUGAUUAGACGCAUAGCCAUAUGUGUCGUGUCACAAAUUAGAAGACAUGCUGUAUCAGCAGUGUCAAUAUCACAAACAUUUUAUGUAUAUUGUACAAUAAGUAUGUAUUUUUUUUUACAAAUAUGUGAUUUGUAUUAAUGAUACUGACUGCUAAAAAUAUCACUGCCCAAAACAAACAGUAAAAUAAAGGUUUCUAAAUAUGUGAAAA